CCUUUACAGUCUUUCAUUCGACAAAUCCUGGCUGACAAAAAACUGCCAUAGGGAGGAUUAUAGUGUAGUGGAAUGGUAUCGGCAGACUCUUUGCCCACUAGGAAGUGAGCAGGACUGCCCACUGUCACCAUCAGUCAUUGGAGCAGUAGACUUCCGUGUUGUACCUUAUAUCUCAGCCAAAGUACGUGUAACUGGAGUCAGAUAUGAUGGAUGCUCUGGACUCUUUGCAAGGCUCAUCUCUGGACUCCAAAGCUGAACGUAUUGCUCGCUACAAGGCAGAGAGAAGGCGGGAGCUGGCUGAACGGUAUGCAAACUUGGAGGAAAGUUCAUCCUUGUAUACACGGAGGGAAAAACAACGGGAAACCACAGACACCUCUGAGCCGAAGAAGACAGAGUCUUCCUCUGUACUAAGUCAGUACAAUAAAGAUAGCAGUGCUCUGAACAGACAAGGAGACAGGAGCAAUUCUGAGGCAAAAACAGAUGCCACACCAUCCUCUAACAUCGUUAGCCACAGCGAUGAGAACAGUCAAGUAACAUGUUCACACCAACAUCACAGUCCACUGGAAGAAGCAGCCCAGAAUCCACAGGAAGACGGGAAAGCAGAUGAUGACGCCAAAACCGGUAUGCCUGCCAAGACGUCGCUUUUAAAAGGGUUGGAGAAGACUGAUGUUUCAGCAAAUCCAAAGAACCAAGCAGAAGACAGUACUCACAAUGCAAAGCCACGAAGAGAGCAUAUAAGUGGGAAGAGGACAGUUUUCACCAGCCAUUCCUCAUCAGAUGAAGGUGAGAUAAGUUUUGAAGAAAGAACGAAUCUCAUAGAGGAUGAGAAGAUAUCCUGCUUUCAGUCUUUCACUGCAGAAGAGGAGGAUGCGAGAAACAAGGAUGAUGAGAAUGUGAUAGAAAAAAUGGAGACACAGAAUGAGCAGAAAGUGAGAGAGAGGCAGUGUUCUGUGGGCACAGAGGAACCGAACACCACCAGGCUAGUUCUGCAGAGACAGGACUCAGAUCAGCGCAGCAUCAAAGGCAUCCUGAAGAAGAGCCACUCAACUAGUCUGGACACAGAACCCAGUGAGCUGGAGCAGAUCUCUACUCCUGCCAUCAAAACCUGCAAGACGCUGACUGUUGUUGAUGGAAAGAAGGGCAAAGAUGAAGAGGUUGAGGAUGAGGAUGAGGAUGAUGAUGAGGAUAGAGAGAAGAGGAGGCUGCAGAGAGAGGAAAGCAGCUCGAGUGAGACUCCUCGCACUCCUUCCCCAGAUUCUGUGGACACAACCCCCUCCUUCUCCCAAUCCGUAGAAGAGGAGGAGCUAGACAGCAGCCUGGAUGGAAGCAUGAGCUCCUCCCUCAAAGAGAGGCUGGCAGAGUUUAAGAGUGGUGAAGAUGACUGCAGGGGCAAGCUGAAGAAGAAUAAACUCACCAAUGUGGUCCAGACGUCCUUGGCUGACCGUUAUGUCCAGCUGCAGGAAAGUGAGAAUGCCUGGAGGAAGAAGAAGUCUUCUGCAGACAUAGAACCAAAGAUGUCUUUGGCUGAGCGGAUGAAGAUCUUGCAGGAGAAGGAGGAACAAUGGAAAGCUAAAGGCAAAGGAGCUUCUAAUGACUCUACCCAGUUCUCUGUGGCUGGACGAAUGGCUAAGAAAGGCUUAGUGUCUCCUAACAGAGAGGAUGUUCCCAUCAUCCUCAGCAAGAAGGCCAGCAACAGUACACCAGUCAAACCAUUAGAAGAAAUCUCCACACGUCCUGAUGCUGAAGGAGAUAAAAGACUGGACAAACUGGAGUCCUUCUUGGACAGACUUCACAAUAAAGGAGUUGCGGGCACAAAGAACUCCACCAUUGAGGUGAUGGAGGAGAAAGAGAAGGAGGUGAUGACACUGGACGAUGAGGAGACGUUUGGGCGGUUCUACAGUUGCUUAUCACCCACUGCUCUGAGCUCCAGUGUCCUGCUGAUUGAGGAAGAAGACUUCAGCAUCAUCCAGUCAGACACACCCAAACUAACAUCCGCAGUUGAGGAACACAAGCGUUCAGUGCGACCUUGCAGAAGAACCAAGAGCUCAAGAAACCCUCUCCGUGCCCUGGCGGCACGAGACGACCUCAAACAGGCGUACACUGAGCAGAGACUCAACGUGGCCUCCGUGGAGACCAAAAGGAUACAAAUGGAGCGGAUGGCCAAGCACUCAAAUUUGGCAGACGCUGCUCUGGCAGGUCUGGCCAGCAAAGAAAACUUUAAGAAAGUCAAUCUGCGGAGCGUGAAGUCUACAGAGGUGGUAACCAACAACAGCGCUGUGCCUUUCCACAAGCUCAUGCUUAUUCACAUUAAAGGGCGCAGGCAUGUUCAGGUACGUCUGGUUGAACCCACAGCACGCUCUCUGAACAGUGGUGACUGCUAUCUGCUCAUCACUCCCAAACACUGCUUUUUCUGGAGUGGAGAAUUUGCCAAUGUGAUCGAAAAAGCCAAGGGCUCAGAAAUGGCUCAGUAUGUCCAGACGAAAAGAGAUCUGGGCUGCAAAGCUCCCCAGGUCACUAUUCUGGAGGAGGGAAUCAACACGGACAACCGUUCAGCCAAAGAGUUCUGGAGUCUGCUGGGAGGAAAGACUGAUUACAGAGGUGCAGGGGAGCCGGAGGAAGAUGAACUGUAUGAGAGUGCUGUAGUGGAGUCAAACUGCGUCUACAGACUGGUGGACGAUAAGCUGGUUCCUUAUGAGGAGGCCUGCGCGUCCAUUCCCAGUGUCUCUCUGCUUAACUCUAAGGAGGCGCUGGUGUUUGACUUCGGUAGCGAGGUGUAUGUCUGGACAGGAAAGGAUGUUUCUUUGAGUGACAGGAAGGUGGCAGUGCAGCUGGGAAAACAGAUCUGGAGUGGAGCGUAUGACUACAGCACUUGCAGGGUCAACCCACUUGACCCUCCCUCAGCUAAUAAAGACACCCCUAAACAAGGAGAAGGCAGGCCUAGCUGGGCACUGUUUGGCCGGCUGUCAGAACACAAUGAAACUGCUUUGUUCAGAGAAAAGUUUUUAGACUGGGCAGAGAGAAAACCCCCCAAGGAUGAACCAGUGAUGGAGGAGGUGAAGAGUCCAGUCUAUCAGAACCUUCCCACCACUGACUCAGAGCUGAAGCUCUGUGAUGUCACAGAGAUGCUAGCGGGAGCGCCAGGCCCUGUGAAGAUGGUGCUGGAGGGAGUGGAUGUGCAGAGAGGUCAUGGAUUGGUCCUUUCUGAGGAUGGGCGACAGGCUAAACUGGCCACCUUAGCUGUGGACGCAUGGCACAUCCGUGAGUUUGAUGACUUUGAGAUACCACCAGAAAGUGUGAGUCAACUGCACGAGGGGGACACCUAUGUCAUCCGCUGGAAAUACUCUGUCACUAAUGUUGUGGGUAAGAGACAAAAGCCUGGUGAAAUGAGUACAGCUGGCCCAGGCAGGGAACGCACAGCAUGCUUCUUUUGGCAGGGAUGUCACUCUAGUGUCAGUGGGCGUGGCACAUCUGCCCUCAUGACAGUAGAGCUGGGUAACCACAGGGGGGCGCAAGUGCUGGUCACACAGGGGAAAGAACCGCCCUGUUUCCUCCAGCUCUUCCAGGGAGGGCUAGUCAUCCACCGGGGCUCUAGGGACGAUAGCUCAGAAAACAUAGGAGACUGGCGUUUAUUCUGUGUGCGUGGAGAGAUGGAGAUGGAAGGCUCACUGGUUGAAGUAGAGUGUUGUUGUGCCAGUCUGCGCUCUCGUGCUAGUUUGCUGUUGCUGGGGGUACAGAAGGGACAGCUGUACCUGUGGCAUGGCUGUAAGUCGCAUCCAGGUGCCCGGAAAGUGGGGAAGAGGACUGUAGAGCGCCUCACUCAAACUUGUCCUUGUGAGCUGGGUUUGAACAGUAACAGCAGUUUAAAAGUGCAUGAGAUAGAAGAAGGAACCGAGCCCAAGGAAUUCUGGGAUGCUCUUGGCAAGCAGGACAAGAAGGCCUACGACUGCAUGCUGCAAGAUCCAGGGAAGUAUAAUUUCACACCACGUCUUUUCCGUCUGAGUGCCAGUGGUGGGAUUUUUCAGGCAGAGGAACAAUUUGGGCCCGCCCAAGCAAUAGAAACUGUCAUGGCCAUGCCGUUCCUGCAGGAGAACUUGUAUUCAGCCCCUCAACCUGCCCUGUUCUUGGUGGAUAACAGGAUGGAAGUGUACCUGUGGCAAGGACAGCAGCCAGAAGAUACAGAAUGUACUGGCUCGGCUAAGAUCCGCUGGGACAAUGAGAGGAAGUGUGCCAUGGAGACAACACUACAGUACUGCCAAGAGAAGAACUCCAGACGGCCUCCUCAGGCCUACCUGAUCUUGGCUGGUGCAGAACCACUCACCUUUACCAACAUCUUCCCUUAUUGGGAGAAGGAUCCAACUAUUAAAGUGCAGGUUGAAGGAGCCCGUAAUAAAGUGAUCCUGGUUAAAGAUGCUCUGUCCAAACUCAGCAGACAGCAGUACACCAUUGAGGAGCUCACCUCCAAACCUUUGCCAGAGGGAGUGGACCCUCUGCACCUCGAGAGUUACCUGUCAGAUAAAGACUUCCAGAGUGUUUUGGAGAUGACACGGGAUGAAUUUAAUGCCCUCCCAAACUGGAAACAGCUGAAUCUGAAAAAGAGCAAAGGUUUCUUUUAAAUUAAAAAAGGUUUUGUGUCUGCAAUCUGUUGUAUAUUCACUUUAAGUAAUUACUAAGAAAUUAUGUGAAUUUUCUUUGUGCUUUUUUAAGUACAUUACUAAUAUGUACAGUUACGUGUCUUAAAAAGAGGAACCCACCAACAGCUGUAGCAGUUUCAUACAUCAGUAGCUUUUGGUCAUAAGACUUUUUUACACAAUUUAAGUAUUGACAUAUGUAUGCAUUUAAUGCAAAAAAUGUCAGUUUUGGGAAUAGCGUGAAGCAUGUGGACUUAAAUCUGCUUCGCUAUGCACAGGCUUGAAUUUUAGAAAUGUAUCAUAUUUUAUCAUUUUAUUUUAUCCUGUUUAACCUUGUUGCUAUUAACAUACUGUGACCUUAAAAUGCAUUAAACACUAAUGGUGACUAUUCAUGUAAUCAGUCAAAAACAAAUAGAGGCCUUUCGCUCAGUCAUUGAGCUCUGUGCAAAAUUCACAUUGGAAAGUGAAUAGCUGUUUAAGCCAUAUUGUGUGCAAAUAUUAAGUGCACUGCUGCCACAGGAAUGAGUAUGACUGAUAUACAGUAUUAUGUGAUUAUGUGAUCUUUUUAAUGUGGUGAUACAGUCAACAUUACAAAUAACAAAUUGAUAUGUAUGUGUGUAUGUGGAUUUUCUAAGGUAUGAAUGUAUUGUUUGUGCUGUAACAGAAUUGUGCCACCAAAACAUACUGUAGCAGCUUUUGCUUGAUAAUAAAUGCUAUUC